CGAGCACAGGCUCCCCCCCUCUCUUGAGUGAAAGGGGAUGGUUUGGCCGGGAGCGUUCCCUUUAUGUGAAUGAAAGGCCCCGGACGAAGUGACACAAUGUGUCUGCCCCGGGGGGACUGAGAGCAGCCAGCAGACUAUGUGUGGAGCCCGGGCUACUAGUCACUGGUCACUGGGGCCACCACAGCCACACCGUGCGCUCACACCGGAUCAGUCUCCAGUCUUGGCCACUUCUUUCAGAAUGACAGCCCUCUCUGUGUUUCUGUGGCUUGUCAUCUGUGCUCGGGUCAAUGCACAAGCAAGUGAAGAUUGGAUGGAUAAACCCACUUUCCGUCCUGUUUUUACACGCCGGCCUUUCAUAGUAGUGUGGAAUGUACCCACCCAGGACUGUUAUCCACGAUAUGAUGUAAAAUUAGAUCUACGUCUCUUUGACAUAACUGCUUCACCAAAUGAAGGCUUUGUGGACCAGAACCUUACCAUCUUCUACAGAGAACGUCUAGGUUUGUACCCAUACUAUGAUGAGCACUCAGUGCCCAUUAAUGGAGGUGUCCCACAGAAUGCCAGUUUGCGUAGUCACUUAGACAAGCUUCAAGAGGGUAUCCAAUGGUAUAUACGAUCUCCUAAUAAAGAUGGCCUGGCAAUUAUAGACUGGGAAGAGUGGCGUCCCAUUUGGAUCCGAAACUGGCAAAGCAAAGAUAUCUAUCGGAGUGCUUCCCGUAAACUCGUAGAAUCAAGACAUCAAGACUGGGACACUGAAAAAGUGGGCAAGGAGGCACAAUAUGAGUUUGAAAACGCAGCCCGAGAAUUCAUGGUGCAAACUUUAAGUCAUGCAAAAAGCUUUCGACCGCGCCAGUUAUGGGGCUUUUACCUUUUUCCAGACUGUUAUAACCACGACUACAGCAAGAACCAGAACACCUACACUGGCCAGUGCCCAGAUGUAGAAAUAUCGAGGAAUGAUCGGUUAUCUUGGUUGUGGCAAGAAAGCACAGCACUUUUCCCCUCUAUUUACCUGGACCAGAUUCUGGAAUCCUCUGAGAAUGGGCGCAAAUUCGUGCAUAACAGAGUGCGGGAAGCCAUGAGGAUUUCAUACAGACACCAUAAAGAUUAUUCUCUUCCUGUAUUUGUGUAUACGCGACCGACUUACAUGCGUAAGCUGGAUCUCCUCACUGUGACCGAUCUGAUCUCCACCAUUGGAGAGAGUGCAGCUCAAGGAGCCGCAGGAGCCAUAUUCUGGGGGGAUGCAGAGUACACAAAGAGUCGGGAGACCUGCCAGAAGAUUAAGACGUACCUGGAAGAGGAUUUGGGUCGGUACAUUGUUAAUGUCACUACUGCCGCAGAACUGUGCAGCAAGACACUCUGUAGUGGGAACGGGCGCUGCUUGCGUCAAAAUAACAACACAGAUGCUUUUCUGCACCUUAAUCCUGCCAACUUUAGAAUUUUAAGUGCUUCCAAGAGUUCCAACACAUCUUUGCCCCCACAUUGGGCAGAGGGCAAGCUCUCUCCCGCAGAUAUUCAAGCUCUGCGUUUACAGUUCCGCUGUCAGUGUUAUGUAGACUGGUACGGAGGCAGCUGUGGACUGCAGAAAAGCACACAACAUAGUGGAGCCACGGUGCGUACUGGCAGCUAUGUGCUGGCCGGAUUAUUAUUGGCUUUUGCUCUAAAACUGCUCUGAUGGGAGUGGGCAACGAUUUAAAUGGCCGAACAUUUUUAUACACUUCUCGAGGUCACAGGAUUCCAAUUGUGGGCAACCAACCCAUUUCAAAAGCGGCUCGUGACUGAAGCAGCACUAACGAUGGCCUUUAUAACCUCUAUUUAUAAUGAAAUGUACACGCUUACCAUCUACAAACUGAUGGCUUUGAGUGUUCCUACCUCUAGGACUUGAUUGUGACCUCAGCACCUCUAAGAUUAACCAGUGGAGGGAGCAUGGGAACCAGGGCUAGUGGGCCUGGCAACCUCUAGGACUUGGGGUUGACACAGAGCCUGUCACUCCUACAACUGUGCAAUAUGCGUCUGUCUUUCUGCUUUACAGGGAAGUAGACAGCUGCUUUUUAACCCCCCCUUACUGCCAAAUGGGUUGUUAAUGAUUUCUUAUCUUACAUGCUGUAAAGUGUUUGGCCCCCCUUUGGCAGCUAAGGCGUUAAAUGCAAUAAGGCACUCAGGGAUCACAUUACCUGCAGUUCACCGCCAGUGCCUUUAUCCAUUCCUAAUUACAACCGACAGCAUAGAUAGGGCCAACACUGUGCCUUGAUUUGUAUAAUCAUUUCUGUCUUGGGGAGACCUAAUAUUCUCGGUCUUCCUGUUAAUGUGAGACCAUUUGCAGCCUUCAGUGGAGGAAUCGGUGUUUUGACUUGAGGGCUUUCCCAAAGCUGGAGCUGGUUAUCCAGACUCAAGAGGACCUGCCCUUUUUAUCCAAACAUGGACGGAAACACCAACCGAAAAGAACAAGAGAAAUAAAAUAAAGUAUUGGAACAAUCAAAGCUCUUUUCUGUUAUUUAAGAUCUUUUACAUGUUUACCUUGUACCAACCAUAAUUUAAUUUUCCAUAUACUUAGCUAGACCUCUUUAGGAGGAACAGUCCUUCUGUUAGACCAAACCAGUCUGUUUUUUAUACCCUAAUACCCCAUUUGAUCUCAGAAUGUUUGGUGUAUACUCUGUCUUUAUACUACAGUAUAGUUAUAAAUGUCUUUAGAAAUGAGUCUGUAUGUAAAUAAAAUCCUUUAUCUUUUUGUUAAAUUAAAUAAAUGGCUAUCACUACGACA